CUGUCGACGUUUGGUGAGCAAAUGUCUCCACACCACCAUGGGGUUUCUGAAGAAAACUGGAACUGAGCACUGGUGGUUGGAGCGGCACUUGAAGGAUCCUUUCGUCAAAGCAACGAAGCGGCAGCAUUACCGUUGCCGAAGUGCCUUCAAAUUACUGGAGAUUGAUGACAAGCUUCGUAUUCUUCGCCCAGGACUUUCUGUUCUUGACUGUGGAGCAGCGCCUGGUGCUUGGAGCCAGGUUGCUGUAGAGAGGGUCAACGCCUUGGGUACUGAUCCCGCUGUCCCAACCGGCUUCGUCCUUGGCGUUGACCUCCUGCGGAUUUCUCCUCUGGAAGGAGCAGUCUUCCUGUCGGAGGCUGACAUUGCAGACCCAAGCACUCUGAGGACAAUUCAGAGUCUGCUUCCUGCAGAGAAGGUGGAUGUUAUCUUGAGCGACAUGGCACCUAAUGCGACAGGCAUUAAGGAACUCGAUCAUCAGAAGUUGAUCAAUCUAUGUUUAGGCCUUCUGAAUCUGUCCCAGAGUAUUUUAAAGCCAAAAGGAACAAUGCUUUGUAAAUUCUGGGAUGGACAUGAGUCUCGUCUUCUGCAAAACAGACUGAAGGAGCAGUUCCAAGAUGUGAGAACUAUAAAGCCUCAGGCCAGCCGGAAGGACUCUGCUGAAUCUUAUUAUUUGGCAAGACUGUACAAAGGGAAAUGAAAGCUGAGAACUGCAGAUUGUCAACAGGUGAUCAGACAUUGAUUGGAAAUCUGAAUUUGGCUUGUGUUUAAAGAAAAAUCCCACCAUUAAGACCC